CCACCUCCUUUAGACAUGCUAGAGCCAUUCAGUCACUUCAAGAGCAAAACGUUUCAGACAGAUGAGCUGUCCACUACUCACAGACAUUUUCUGCUGCCUCCUUUUGGCUGCAGGACAGAUUUAACCACGGUGAUGAAUCUUCACAUGGAUUAUUAUCCUUGUUCCAACAGCCCAGCUAUCCAAGGUAGCUACUCAGUCUUACCAGGCAUCCUGCUGUUUUCCGCUGGAGUCAUAGGGAAUGCCCUUGCCAUUUUUAUCCUAUGGCAACACAAGCUACGGGCAAAUAAGAAAACCUCUGUUUUUUACAUUUUGGUCACUGGUUUGACCAUAACCAACCUGAUGGGAAAAUGCUUGGUCAGCCCAAUAGUUCUUGCCGCCUACUCCAAAAAUCAGACUUUGGUGGAGAUGGUUGGAAACAGGAACCUCUGUGACUUUUUCAGCUUCCUCAUGAUAUUCUUUGGCUUGGCACCAAUGCUCAUUCUUUUGGCAAUGGGUCUAGACUGUUGGAUUGCCCUUGCUUACCCAUUCUUCUACCACAACUACAUCACCAAACGUGUUGGUCUGUUGGUUCCAAUCAUUGUCUACAUCUUCAGUGCUGGGUUCUGCUCUUUGCCUUUUGUGGGCUUUGGCAAAUUUGAGCAGUAUUGUCCUGGAACUUGGUGCUUCAUUCAGAUGUCUGUGGAGGGUUCAAAGCCCGAAGUCUUGGCUUAUUCCGUGCUCUACGGGACCAUUAUGGGAAUUUUUGUUUUGGCCAUCAUCGCCUGUAAUGUGGCUAUAAUGAGACGCCUUUAUCAAAUGUACCAGAUUCAAAGCCAGAGGAAUGUCAAAUCUGGAGCGAAAGGAGAAUUUGUUAAGCAAGCAGGGAUGGAAGAGAUGGAUCAUCUUAUCCUCUUGGCAGUCAUGACCGUUCUCUUUACCGUGUGCUCACUUCCUUUAACUGUUCGAGUUUACAUUGCGGCGUUUACAGCUGAAAAAAAUGAAUACGCCGAUCUAAUAGUCUUACGGUUCCUGUCUAUGAAUUCUAUAGUAGAUCCAUGGAUGUUUAUCAUUUGCAGGACGUCAAGGUUCCACACUCACGUUCACAAUCUAUGUAGCAAAAUUCACCAAACAAGCAACACAAAUUCUCAGCUACUUGAAGAAUGCACAAAAGGUUACUUGUAACAUAAAUAUGGACUUACAACGCAGGAGCGGGUCUGAUGAAGGUUCCCUUCGUGGAUUGCGGGAAGAUUAGUAAUGCAUAAAGCUCAAUGACAUGGUUAACUCAUAGACUAUUAUGAAGCUACCUAAACAUGCAAUUGCUCCCAAUAAAUGAAUACCUGGACAGACAUUUCCUUCAUGAGAAAGACUAUGCAGACUUCUUUGUAGGAUGGAGUGGAGUGAGGUAUUUUCCGCGCCAAUUGUUAAUUAUUUGCAGUGAAACAAUACAUAUGAACAAACAAAUAAACUUGUAAUAAACAAAAAAAGCUGCUCCUCAGAUUACAGGGAUGAACUGUGAUUGAAGUGAUAUGAAUAUGGAUGAGGGCGCUAGGGUAGGAUGCCCAGACUGGUCAAGUCAUGGAUCCACAGUAAACUAUGUUAAAAAGAUGUAGCUGUUUAAAUGUAAAGCGAUGGAUGUUGAUGAAUACUGUGACUAUAUAAAAUAUACAUGAUAAAAAUGUUUACAUAUUUGCUAUUAAUAAAUUAAUGUGAAUAUUCAA